AUGGAGGAGGAGGAUUUGGGGGUGGGGGAUGGUCGCGGCGAGCAGACAAGAGGCGCAGCUGGUGCUGGGCACGGACGUGGCCGGGUGUUGCGAGUCCCGAUGGCGGAACCAGCGAAGCCCGAGGUGACGGAGGAAGCUAAGAUGGACCUGCUCGAGGACGACGACGAGUUCGAGGAGUUUGAGAUAGAUCAAGAGUGGGAUGACAAGGAAGAAGGCAAUGAAGCACUUCAGCAAUGGGAGGAUGACUGGGAUGAUGACGAUGUCAAUGAUGACUUCUCGCUGCAGCUGAGGAAAGAGCUGGAGAGCAAUGCGUCCAAGAACUAG